AUGUGGAUGAACAGUCCAAGAAAUAUUCCAAUGUUAAGUAAAAUUAUACCUAAGCUCUUCAGUACCAGUUUUGUCUCCAACCCAACAAAACUGGCACUAAUCGUGCGCGGAGAUCUGAAGAUGAGCAAAGGCAAAACAGCGGCACAGUGUGCACACGCAGCCAUCCUGUGCUACCAAAGCGCAUCCCAUGGCAGCGAAAAGCAAAAUGCUUUACUCCAGUGCUGGUGCCGAAUGGGACAGCCUAAAAUUGUUCUCCGAGUGGACAGCUACGAACAGUUAAAUGGUCUACAGCAGCGGGCACAAGAGGCGAACGUAGUUGCUGCCUUGGUAAGAGACGCCGGGCGUACACAGCUGGACCCUGGAACAGCUACGGUGCUUGGAUUGGGACCUGCAACAGCUGCCGAUGUUGAUAAGCUAGUUGCCCAUUUAAAACUUUUAUAAAUACCAUCCAUAUGUAACCAACUGAUUUGUUUGUAAAUUAUGUAAUUAAUAAUAACAUCGGUCUAUCCAA